AUGGGUGAUGCCACUGACUGGAAUUCUCAUAAGCAAAAUUUUCAAUCUCCCACCACAUUUUGCAGCAGGUUUAAUAUUAAUUGGUGGCUGUCCAGGAGGGGAAAUGUGGCGCUGUCUGUAAUAAUCACAACUGCGAGCACCUUAACUGCAACGAUGAUGACUCCUUUUGUGACAGCAAAACUUGCUGGUAAAUUUGUGACAGUGGAUGCAUCUGGGUUAUUGGUUUCAACAUUGCAAGUUGUUCUUGUUCCUGUGCUGGCUGGUGCAUUUCUGAAUCAGUUUUUGAAACCAACUGUGAAAGUUGUCUCUCCGAUGAUGCCACCGUUUGCAGUAACAAGUGUGGCAAUUUUAUGUGGAAAUGCUAUUGCUCAGAGUUCUUCAGCAAUCCUUGUGUGUGGUGGAGAAGUUAUUUUAGCCACCUUUGUUCUUCAUGCUUCUGGCUUUUUCUUUGGCUACGUUUUUGCAAGAUUGAUUGGGCUAGAUUUGUCAUCAUCACGAACCAUAUCCACUCAGGUUGGCAUGAAGAACUCAAUUCUUGGGGUUGUUUUGGCAAUGAAGCACUUUGGGGAUCCCCUGGCUGCUGUACCUGCUGCUGUUUCAACUGUGUGUCAGUCAAUCAUUGGUAGCAUCCUUGCACGAAUUUGGAGAAACUCUGACCAUGUUUAAUCGCUGAGGGAAACUAUCUUCCUGCAUUCGCUUAUGCUCAUAACCCAAAGGAAAAUCAUGAGCACAAACCUUAUGUUAGUAAGGAAAAUAAAGACAGAUAAGUGUUAGAAAAUGUUUAAUGGUGAGGGAAUAUUUACACA